AUGCAGUGCUACACCCGAGCUCACCGAUACCCAAGAACAACAUCCAUGUAUGAUUACCGAGCGCCGCCAUUGAGCGCCUACAAAAAGCGGCAAUUCUUUCGACCGGAACCAGACAAGAUUGGCAGGCCUUGGUGCCCUGACGGGGUCAAGAUGCCGGCCCCAUGGGAGCACAUUAAGCGAAUCCAGUAUAACCCGGUUAACGAGCUGCACCGAGAGAAGCACAUGGACGAGAUGAUACCAUUCAUGAAUAAAACUAAUUGGACCUGUGGCCAAGACAUGCAGAAUUUUGGCAGCAGAAAGACCAAAGUGGCAGAUUCGAAGAAAUAUUCUUUGCAGAGUAGCUACCGCGCCCACUAUCCUGGUUACUGGCUAGGGAUCGAACCCAGGAGAAACCCUGGCCGUUUUGCGAGACCCGGAAUAGUGCCUGAACUGCUCAGUGUUCGUCCAUACGUAAAACCUGAAUGCCAUCCUCUGAUUGUGAAGCCCAACGUUCCUUGGGAGCUACCUGUGGAUGACCCGAAUGUAUCGUGUGGACGUGUGACUGUACCUCAUUAUAUCCUCGAGCCUUACCCGGGACCACAGGUGCCAGUUCAUCUUCGCAAGGAACCGCCCAAGGUCGAAACUGUUGAUAGAAUGGGACUUGUUGAAUAG